UUUUUACGCGCCGUGACGUUUCCACGCACGCGCGUGGAAACGUCACAGAAGGAAAUCCUCUUUAGACGCGCGGGCCGCCGCUGCUGAUGUGAAACAGGCUUAAAGAGUCAGAAGCUGUUUAAAAUCCACGCAAAGAGCAGCGAAUACGACAAUCUUGUCCUCCCCACCCGAGGCCGAGUCCGGCACCAUGACGUCCACCACAGACUUCGACAACGUGGAGAUCACACAACAGUACAGUCGGGUCAACACUCGCUUCGAGCUGCCCGACGAGGAGCUGGACAACGACAACAGUUCUGCCAGACUCUUCGAGCGAUCUCGGAUCAAAGCUCUUGCAGACGAGCGAGAGGCGGUCCAGAAGAAGACCUUCACUAAAUGGGUCAACUCCAUCUUGUCCCGAGUCGGCUGUCGUAUUUCCGACCUGUACUUGGACCUGCGUGAUGGGCGGAUGCUCAUCAGGUUGCUGGAGGUGCUGUCGGGGGAACGACUGCCUAAACCCACCAAAGGGAGAAUGAGGAUCCACUGCCUGGAGAACGUGGACAAGGCCUUGCAGUUCCUCAAGGAGCAGAGAGUCCACUUGGAGAAUAUGGGCUCUCACGACAUCGUGGACGGGAACCAUCGCCUCAUCCUGGGUCUCAUCUGGACCAUCAUCCUCCGCUUCCAGAUCCAGGACAUCGUCGUGGAGACGGGCCAGGAAGACCAGAAGGAAACCCGCUCGGCCAAAGAUGCUCUUCUUCUGUGGUGUCAGAUGAAAACCGCAGGCUAUCCCAACGUCAACAUCACAAACUUCACCACCAGCUGGAAAGACGGCAUGGCCUUCAACGCUCUGAUCCACAAACACCAACCAGAUCUGGUGGACUUCAACAGUCUGAAGAGGUCCAAUCCGACGCACAACCUCCAGAAUGCCUUCAACGUGGCAGAGAAACAACUCGGCGUGACCAAACUGUUAGACCCAGAAGAUGUGUUCACCGAGAACCCGGACGAGAAGUCCAUCAUCACGUACGUGGUGGCCUUCUACCAUUACUUCUCCAAGAUGAAGCAGCUGGCCGUGGAGGGCAAGAGGGUUGGAAAGGCUCUGGACCACGCCAUCGAGACGGAGAAGAUGAUCGAGAAGUACGAGACGUUAGCCUCGGACUUGCUGGCGUGGAUCGAGCAGACCAUCGGCGUUCUCAACAACCGCAAACUGGCUAACUCGCUGUCGGGGGUUCAGCAUCAGCUUCAGGCCUUCAACACCUACAGAACCGUCGAGAAGCCGCCCAAGUUUCAGGAGAAAGGCAAUCUGGAGGUGCUGCUCUUCACCAUCCAGAGUCGAAUGAGGGCCAACAACCAGCGGGUCUUUACACCCAAAGAGGGCGCGCUGGUUGCCGACAUCAACAGGGCCUGGGAGCGACUGGAGCGGGCCGAGCACGAGCGAGAACGAGUUCUGAGGGACGAGUUGAUCCGUCAGGAGAAGCUGGAGCAGACGGCGAGGCGAUUUGACCGCAAGGCGGCCAUGAGGGAGACGUGGCUACUGGAGAACCAGCGAUUAGUCGCUCAGGAUAACUUCGGCUACGACCUGUCGGCGGUGGAGGCGGCGAAGAAGAAGCACGACGCCAUCGAGACGGACAUCGCCGCCUACCAGGAGCGCGUCCAGGCCUUGGUGGACAUCUCCGAGGAGCUGGAGGCCGAGCGCUACCACGACGCCAAGCGGGUGGACGCCCGCAAAGACAACGUCCUGCGCCUGUGGGACUACCUGCAGGAGCUGCUGACGGCCCGGCGAGGCCGCCUGGGCAAGAACUUGACCCUGCAGAGGAUCUUCCAGGAGAUGCUGUACAUCAUCAACUGGAUGGACGAAAUGAAGGCUCGUCUGAUGUCCCCGGACUUUGGGAAGCACUUACUGGAGGUGGAGGACCUUCUCCAGAAACAUGCUCUGGUAGAGAACGACAUCGCCCUGCAGACAGAAAGAGUCCAAAACGCUAGUUCUGCCGCCCUCAAGUUCGCUAAUGGAGACAGUUACAAGCCGUGCGAUCCUCAGGUGAUCAAGGACCGGGUGGCCCAUUUGGAUCUCUGCUACCAGGAGUUGUGUUCCCUGGCGGCUCAGCGCAGAGCCCAGCUGGAGCAGUCCCGCCGCUUCUGGAACUUCCUGUGGGAGGUGGCGGAACUGGAGAGCUGGAUCAAGGAGAAGGAGCACAUCUUCUCCUCCUUGGACUACGGCAAGGACCUGAGCAGCGCCCUGGCGCUCCAGAGCAAGCACGGCGCCUUCGAGGACGAGCUGGGGGCGCGGCGUGCUCACCUGCGGCGGGUGCUGGGCGACGGCAGGAAGAUGAUCGAAGACAAGCACUUCGGCACGCCCAAGAUCCAAGAGCGCAUGGACAGCAUGGAGAGGCAGUGGCAGCAGCUGGAGGAGCUGGCGGCCUUCCGGAAGCAGAACCUCCAGGACACCCAGAAGUUCUUCCAGUUUCAAGGAGACGCCGACGAACUGAAGGCCUGGCUGCUGGACGCCAAGAGGCAGAUGAGCAGCGAGGACGUGGGCAACGACGAGUACACCACCCAGCGCCUCCUCAAGCGCCACCACGACCUGAGGAACCAAGCCAUGAAGAACGGCGCCACCAUCGACGCUCUCUCCAAACAGGCCAAGGUUUUACCGGAGGAGCUCCUGAACACCCCGGACAUCCAGCGACGCCUGAAAGACAUCAAAGACCUCUUCAUGGAGCUCAUGUCUCUGGCCGACCUCCGGCAGAAGAAGCUGGAGGACGCCACGGCGCUCUACACCAUCUUCAGCGAGUCCGACGCCUGCGAGCUCUGGAUGGGCCAGAAGGAGACGUGGUUGGUGGACUUGGAGGUGCCGGACAAGCUGGAAGACUUGGAAGUAGUCCAAAAUAGGUUGAGCAUUCUGGCGCAGGAGAUGUGCAAGGUUCAGUCCAGGGUGGACGACGUCAACAAGGCGGUGAAACAGCUGGAGGACAGCAGACACCCUCGGACCAGGGACGUCAAAGAAUGUCAGAGCCGACUCAAUCAGAGGUGGGAGGCCUUCAAGGCGAUGGUGGAGGACAAGAAGAAGAAGGUGGACUCAGCAGGAAGUCUUCACAAUUACGGGCUGGAAUGUGACGAGACAGAAGCGUGGAUCCGAGACAAGACGCGCGUCAUCGAGUCCACGCAGGACUUGGGUAACGACCUGGCCGCCGUCAUGACCAUCCAGAGGAAGCUCUACGGCAUGGAGCGAGACCUGGCCGCCAUCGACUCCAAGCUCCGCCUCCUGAGGGCCGACGCCGACCGGCUGGCCGAGGAUCACCCCGAGAACGCGGAGGAAAUCUUGUCCCGCGGAGCCCGGCUGGACGCGGCCUGGGAGGCGCUCAAGAAGACCCUGAAGGACCGAGAGGACUCUCUGGGCGAGGUCAGCAAGUUGCAGACCUUCCUCCAAGACCUGGACGACUUCCAGUCUUGGCUUUUUAGGACCCAGAAGGCGGUGGCGUCGGAGGAGACGCCCGCCUCGCUGCCCGAGGCCGAGGAGCAGCUGAGUCUUCACGACGCCCUGCGGGAGGACGUGGACAACCACGAGGAGGACUACCACCGCGUUAGGGACGCCGGCGCCCGGGUCACACGUGGGCAGGAGGACCCUCAGUACCAGCAGCUGGAGCAGAUGCUGGACAGCGUAGACCGAGGGUGGGACGAGCUCCAGAAGAUGUGGGACAGCCGCAAGAACUUCCUGGACCAGGGACUUGGCUUCCAGCAGUUCCUGAGGGACGCGAAGGCAGUGGAGGCCGUCCUCAACAACCAGGAGUACACGCUGGCCCACGUGGACACGCCCGACACGCUGGCUGGAGCCGAGCAGGCCCUGAAGAAGCACGAGGACUUCAUGAGCACCAUGGACGCCAACCAGGACAAGAUCCUGGCUGUCCUCCAGGCGGGAGACAGACUGCUGGACCAGAACAACUUGGACUCUGGGAAAGUGGAGGACAAGAUGGACGCCAUUAAAGACAGACAGAAGAAGAACGCGGUGCGGGCGCAGGAAGUGUCGGAGAAGCUGCGAGACAACCGCCACCUGCAGCACUUCCUGCAGAACACGCAAGACCUGACCUUGUGGAUCAACGAGAAGAUGCUGACGGCGCAGGACAGGUGGUACGAGGAGGCCAGGAACCUGCACAGCAAGUGGCUGAAGCAUCAGGCCUUCAUGGCCGAGUUGGCCUCCAACAAGGACUGGCUGACCGCCGUAGACCAGGAGGGCCAGGACCUGAUGAGGUCCAAGCCCGAGUUGGAAACCGACGUGAGCGAGCGUCUGGCCGCUCUCCACGAGCUGUGGCGGAUGCUGGAGUCUACCACGCAGGAGAAGGCGCGCCUGCUCUUUGACGCCAACCGCUCGGAGCUUUUGGACCAGAGUCUGAGCGACAUGAGGAAAUGGUUGGGAGAGUUGCGGCAGCAGCUGCAGAGCGGCGAGGACGGCGUCGACGUGAAAGAUCUGACCAACGCUAAUAUCCUGCUGAAGAAGCAUCAGGUGAUGGAGAACCAGGUGAGAGAUCGAGCACGCGAGCUGGAGGAGCUCCAGGAAGCGGUCAAAAAGCACGGCGGCGCCCGUGAGGACCAACCCGAGCUGGAGGUGGAGCAACAGUCGCUGCAGUUGGACUUCCAGCAGCUGAUCGCUCCUUUAGCUCAGCGCAGAGACAGACUGGAGGCGGCCAAGGAGCUGCAUCAGUUCCACAGGGACGUGGCUGAUGAACUCCUGUGGAUGGAAGAGAGAACACCACUCGCACUGUCACAAGACCACGGCCACGACCUGCAGACGGUGCAGAUGUUGCAGAAAAGGAACCAGACUUUGCAGAAGGAGAUCGACGGCCAUCAGCCUCGCGUGGACGACGUGCUGGAGCGAGGACGCGCGAUGGCGUCGGCCGCCGGCGAGGAGGACGGGCCGGAGGGCGAGCGCAUCACGGAGCAGCUGCGAGACCUGGAGGAGGCGUGGGCCAGGCUGCGGGACGACAUGGACAAGCGGCAGGAAAGACUGGACCACGGCCGCUCGGCACAACAGUUCUACAACGACGCCGACGAGGCCGAGGCUUGGAUCGGAGAACAAGAACUGUACAUGAUCGCCGAGGACAAACCCAAGGACGAGCAGAGCGCCAUCUUGGCUCUGAAGCGCCACGCCGUCCUCAAGCAGGCGGUGGACGACUACGGCGACUCCAUCCGGAGUCUGGCAGACGGAGUCCAGAAGAUGUUUGCCGAGGACCAUCCUGACGGUGAGAAGAUGUUGGGGCGCCAGGCUCAGGUGGACAAACAGUAUGCGGGCCUGAAGGAGUUGGCUCAGGACCGCAACAGGAAGUUGGAACAUUGCUGCCAACACUUCCUGCUCAGCCGAGAGGUGGAGGACUUGGAACUGUGGAUCUCGGAGCGAGACUUGGUGGCGUCUUCUCAGGAGAUGGGCCAAGACCUGGACCACGUCACACUGCUGAGGGAGAAGUUCCGUGAGUUUGCCCGCGAGACUGGCAUGCUGGGUCAGGAGCGAGUGGACCUGGUCAACCAGACCAUCGACGAGCUGAUCGAGGCGGGUCACAGCCAGGCGGCCGCCAUGGCGGAGUGGAAGGACGCCAUCAACGAGAGCUGGGCCGACCUCCUGGAGCUCAUGGACACGCGCUCACAGCUCCUCAGCGCGUCCUACGAGCUGCUCAAGUACUUUGAGGACGGCAAAGACCUUGUCCUCCAGAUCCAGGACAAGCAGAAGGAGCUGCCUGAUGACGUAGGAGAGGACUUCAGCAAGGCCGAGUCCUUCCACAGGAUGCACGCCGCCUUCCAAAGAGACAUCAGCGCUCUUGGAAAGCAGGUGCAGCAGUUCCAGGAGGCGGCAGGCCGACUGGGUGCUCAGUACGCAGGAGAGCGAGUGGAAGACAUCCAGUCCACAGAGAGAGACGUGGUGGAGGCGUGGAAAGGUCUGCUGGACGCCUGCGAAGGCCGGCAGGCUCGACUGUUGGACACGGCAGACAAGUUCCGCUUCUUGUCCAUGGUCAGAGACCUGAUGGCCUGGAUGGAGAGCACCGUGCAGCAGAUAGUCACCCAGGAGAAGCCCAGGGACGUGUCCUCUGUGGAGCUGCUGCAGAAAUACCACCAAGGUAUUCGCUCCGAGAUGGAGGCCAGAGGAGCCGCGUUCAGCGAGUGCAGCGACUUGGGCACGACUCUGCUGGCCCGCAAACACAGAGACUCUGCCGAGAUCGGAGAGAAGAUGAAGCAGCUGCUGGACAAACGGCAGGAGAUGAUGUUGAAGUGGGACGACCGCUGGGACUGGCUGAGACUUUUGUUGGAGGUGUGUCAGUUUGCACGAGACGCCUCGGUGGCCGAAGCCUGGCUGAUCGCACAGGAGCCUUACGUGAGCAGCAGAGAGGUGGGACACUCGGUGGGCGACGUGGAGAAGCUGCUCAAGAGACACGAGGCCUUCGAGAAAUCCACGGCCGCCUGGGAGGAGCGAUUCUCUGCGCUCGAGCGCCUCACCACGUUGGAAUUGUUAGAGCUGAGGAAACAGCAGCAGGAAAUGGAAGAGUUUCUCAAAGAGGAGCGACGCCUGGACCAAGACCGCAGGAGUGAAGACACAGGUUUUGCAGAAUCUUCUCAACUCUUUACCGUCGACGAAGAAACUUUGUCCACGGUCCCCCAGGCCGCUUCUGGUCUACCAGAGGCCGCUUCUGGUCUAGCCGAGGCGGAGGAGACAGGCGACGCCGCGGCGGCCGUAGAGUCGGAGAUGAGAGAGAGCGUCUCUUUGGAGUUGGAGGCGGCCACUUUGAUGGCGGCGCCGGCUGAAGCAGAACAUGUGGCCACGUGGCCUUUGGAGACACAGGCGGUGCUGAUGGAGGGAAUGUUGGGGCGCAAGCAGGACGUGGAGGACUCUGGCAGGAAGGCCUCUAAUAGGUCCUGGACAAACUUGUACUGCGUGCUGAAGCCCGGUCAGCUCUCGGCCUACAAGGACGCCAAAAGCUUCGGCCACGGCAUCACGUUUCACGGCGAGGACCCCCUGCUGCUCGCCAACGCUAGCUGGGAGCUGCUGGCAAACUACAAGAAGAAGAAAAACGUUGCCAAGCUACGCCUGAGCGACGGCAGUGAAUAUUUGUUCCAGUGCAAAGACGAGGAGGAGCUGCAGCGUUGGAGCCGAGCGAUGGCGAGGGCCCUGCAGCCCCUGGCGGAGGAAGAGGGGGCAGCAAGGUUGUCCUCAGAGACCCCCAAAGCCCUCAGUCUGCCCCCACUCACCUCCUCCCCCGCCAAGAAAGACAAAAAGUUCAGUCGCUUUGCCAAGAAGAAAUAAAAAGAAUAUCUUCAGGGGCUGGCUGACACGCCUAUUUGUGUACAAUCUAUUUCAGCACGCUCUAUGCAGGCAUUUGUAACAUCGCUUCUAGAAAACAUCUCUUUUGCCUCUUUUGUUGAACAAUUUAAAUCUUCUUUCACACUCAACCAAAGAUUGUUUGGCUUUACCUUAUUUUAUUUUUUUCCUUUUAACUUUGCAAUAUGUGACCAACCUUCCACACACACGCUUGUCAACUGUAGUCAUAGCAACACACUUUUAUGUUCUAGCAGUUCUUCUUUAUGUCAGCACCAGGUGUGUUGGGGCCACACUGACAAGGACACAACUAAUGAAGUGCGGCUCAGGGCUCAAUUAAGCAUUUCUUCAGGGCCAUGAUAUGCCAUUUUAAAGUUUAACAUUUCAAGAAAAAAUUAUUAGUAAGUUAAGUUUUAGUCCCUCCCCCAAAAAAUCAUUCAAACAUAGUUUGAAUGAAUUAAUAUACAAGUUGUGAAUUUUUACGAUUACUUUUUAGUUUAAAAUCUAAAAAAAAUAUUAAAGUAAAUUUAGCAAAGAAAAGUAGCAUUUCUUCAUAUGCAAUGUAAUGACAAGAUAAGUCGGAAUUUUUAUUGUACAAUUAUUUUUUUUUGCAAGGAAAAAAAAAUACAGUAAAAUAUUUCAAGAAAAAACUAUUAGUAAUUUAAGUUUUAGUCCCUCCCCCCAAAAAAUCAUUCAAACAUCGAGAAAAAAAGUCCAAAUGUAUUUUUGUUGUAAAAUGUUUGAAAAAACCUAAACAUUUUUAUUUUUAAAUGUAAAACUCUUUCAAAUAUUUAAACGGUGUAUUAACAAUUUAACAAGUCACAUUUCUUCAGGGCAAUAAUAUGCAACGUAAUGAUAAAAUGAGUCGGAAUUUUUAUAUACUUUUUUUUUGAGAGGGGGAAAAAAAAAAAAAUUAAACAUUUCAAGAAAAAAUUAUUAAUAAUUUAAGUUUUAGUUCCACCCCUAAAAUGUUUCAAACAUUGAGAAAAAAAAAAAGUCCAAAUUAAUUUUGGUUGUAAAAUGUUUGAAAAUACCUACAAAUUUAAAAUUUUUAAAUGUAAAACUUUUUACAAUGGUGUAUUGAACAAUUUAACAAGUCGUGGAAUUUUGUGUUUACCUUUUCUUUUAAAAUCUGAAAAAAUCAAGUAAAUUUAGCAGAGAAAAGUAGCAUUUCUUCAGGGCGAUGAUAUGCCAGUAAUGACAUUUUUAUUGUAGAAUUAUUUUUUUUAAAAAGCGGGAAAAAAGUUAAACAUUUCAAGAAAAAAAUAUUAGUAAGUUAAGUUUUAGUCCCUCCCCCCAAAAAAAUCAUUCAAACAGAGAAAAAAAAGUCCAAAUUAAUUUUUGUUGUAAAAUGUUUGAAAAAACCUAAAUAUUUUUAUUUUUAAAUGUAAAACUAAAAUAUUAAAACGGUGUAUUAACAAUUUAACAAGUCACAUUUCUUCAGGGCAAUAAUAUGCAAUGUAAUGACAAAAAGUCGGAAUUUGUAUAUACUUUUUUUUUGAGAGGGGGGAAAAAAAAAAAAAAUUAAACAUUUCAAGAAAAAAUUAUUAGUAAUUUAAGUUUUAGUUCCACCCCUAAAAUGUUUCAAACAUUGAGAAAAAAAAAGUCCAAAUUAAUUUUGGUUGUAAAAUGUUUGAAAAUACCUACAAAUUAAAAAUUUUUAAAUGUAAAACUUUUUACAAUGGUGUAUUAAACAAUUUUGUGUUUGCCUGUUCUUUCAAAAUCUGAAAAAAAUCAAGUAAAUUUAGCAGAGAAAAGUAGCAUUUCUUCAGGUAGAUGAUAUGCCAUUUAAUGACAUUUUUAUCGUGAAUUUUUUUUUUUAAAAAGCGGGAAAAAAAGUUAAACAUUUCAAGAAAAAAUAUUAGUAAGUUGAGUUUUAGUCCCUCCCCCCCAAAAAAUCAUUCAAACAGAGAAAAAAAAGUCCAAAUUAAUUUUUGUUAUAAAAUGUUUGAAAAAACCUAAAUAUUUUUAUUUUUAAAUGUAAAACUCUAUAAAAUAUUAAAACGGUGUAUUAACAAUUUAACAAGUCACAUUUCUUCAGGGCAAUAAUAUGCAAUGUAAUGACAAAAAGUCGGAAUUUGUAUAUACUUUUUUUUUGAGGGGGGGGAAAAAAAAAAAAAUUAAACAUUUCAAGAAAAAAUUAUUAGUAAUUUAAGUUUUGGUUCCACCCCUAAAAUGUUUCAAACAUUGAGAAAAAAAAAAGUCCAAAUUAAUUUUGGUUGUAAAAUGUUUGAAAAUACCUACAAAUUUAAAAUUUUUAAAUGUAAAACUUUUUACAAUGGUGUAUUAAACAAUUUUGUGUUUGCCUUUUCUUUCAAAAUCUGAAAAAAAUCUAGUAAAUUUAGCAUAGAAAAGUAGCAUUUCUUCAGGGCGAUGAUAUGCCAUUUAAUGACAUUUUUAUCGUAGAAUUUUUUUUUUUUUAAAAAGCGGGAAAAAAAGUUAAACAUUUCAAGAAAAAAUAUUAGUAAGUUGAGUUUUAGUCCCUCCCCCCCAAAAAAUAAUUCAAACAUCGAGAAAAAAAGUCCAAAUGUAUUUUUGUUGUAAAAUGUUUGAAAAAACCUAAACAUUUUUAUUUUUAAAUGUAAAACUCUUUAAAAUAUUAAAAUGGUGUAUUUACAAUUUAACAAGUCACAUUUCUUCAGGGCAAUAAUAUGCAAUGUAAUGACAAAAUGAGUCGGAAUUUUUAUAUACUUUUUUUUUGAGAGGGGGGAAAAAAAAAAAUUAAACAUUUCAAGAAAAAAUUAUUAGUAAUUUAAGUUUUAGUUCCACCUCCAAAAUGUUUCAAACAUUGAGAAAAAAAAAGUCCAAAUUUAUUUUGGUUGUAAAAUGUUUCAAAAUACCUACAAAUUUAAAAUUUUUAAAUGUAAAACUUUUUAAAAUCUUAAAAUGGUGUAUUAAACAAUUUAACAAGUCGUGAAAUUUUGUUUUUGCCUUUUCUUUUAAAAUCUGAAAAUAAUCAAGUAAAUUUAGCAUAGAAAAGUAGCAUUUCUUCAGGGCGAUGAUAUGCAAUGUAAUGACAAUUUUUAUUGUAGAAUAUUUUUUUUUUAAAAGAGGGAAAAAAAGUUAAACAUUUCAAGAAAAAAUUAUUAGUAAGUUAAGUUUUAGUCCCUCCCCCAAAAAAUCAUUCAAACAUCGAGAAAAAAAGUCCAAAUGUAUUUUUGUUGUAAAAUGUUUGAAAAAACCUAAACAUUUUUAUUUUUAAAUGUAAAACUCUAUAAAAUAUUAAAACGGUGUAUUAACAAUUUAACAAGUCACAUUUCUUCAGGGCAAUAAUAUGCAAUGUAAUGAUAAAAUGAGUCGGAAUUUUUAUAUACUUUUUUUUUGAGAGGGGGAAAAAAAAAAAAAAUUAAACAUUUCAAGAAAAAAUUAUUAGUAAUUUAAGUUUAGUUCCACCUCCAAAAUUGUUCAAAAAUUGAGAAAAAAAAAGUCCUAAAAUGUUUGAAAAUACCUACAAAUUUAAAAUUUUUAAAUGUAAAACUUUUUAAAAUCUUAAAAUGGUGUACUAAACAAUUUGACAAGUUGUGAAAUUUUCUUUUAAAAUCUGAAAAAAUCAAGUAAAUUUAGCAUAGAAAAGUAAUAUUUCUUCAGGGCGAUGAUAUGCAAUGUAAUGACUUUUUAUUGUAGAAUUAUUUUUUUUUAAAAAGCGGGAAAAAAAGUUAAACAUUUCAAGAAAAAAUUAUUAGUAAAUUAAGUUUUAGUCCCUCCCCCCAAAAAAUCAUUCAAACAGAGAAAAAAAAGUCCAAAUUAAUUUUUGUUGUAAAAUGUUUGAAAAAACCUAAACAUUUUUAUUUUUAAAUGUAAAACUCUUUAAAAUAUUAAAACGGUGUAUUAACAAUUUAACAAGUCACAUUUCUUCAGGGCAAUAAUAUGCAAUGUAAUGAUAAAAUGAGUCGGAAUCUGUAUAUACUUUUUUUUUGAGAGGGGGAAAAAAAAAAAAAUUAAACAUUUCAAGAAAAAAUUAUUAGUAAUUUAGGUUUUAGUUCCACCCCUAAAAUGUUUUAAACAUUGAUAAAAAAAAAGUCCAAAUUUAUUUUGGUUGUAAAAUGUUUGAAAAUACCUACAAAUUUAAAAUUUUUAAAUGUAAGACUUUUUACAAUGGUGUAUUAAACAAUUUAACAAGUCGGGAAAUUUUGUGUUUGCCUUUUCUUUCAAAAUCUGAAAAAAAUCAAGUAAAUUUAGCAUAGAAAAGUAGCAUUUCUUCAGGGCGAUGAUAUGCCAGUAAUGACAUUUUUAUCGCAGAAUUAUUUUUUUUUAAAAAGCGGGAAAAAAAGUUAAACAAGAAAAAUUAUUAGUAAGUUAAGUUUUAGUCCCUCCCCCCAAAAAAUCAUUCAAACAGAGAAAAAAAAGUCCAAAUUAAUUUUUGUUGUAAAAUGUUUGAAAAAACCUAAAUAUUUUUAUUUUUAAAUGUAAAACUCUUUAAAACGGUGUAUUAACAAUUUAACAAGUCACAUUUCUUCAGGGCAAUAAUAUGCAAUGUAUGACAAAAUGAGUCGGAAUUUGUAUAUACUUUUUUUUUGAGAGGGGGGGAAAAAAAAAAUUAAACAUUUCAAGAAAAAAUUAUUAGUAAUUUAAGUUUAGUUUCACCUCCAAAAUUGUUCAAACAUUGAGAAAAAAAAAGUCCUAAAAUGUUUGAAAAUACCUACAAAUUUAAAAUUUUUAAAUGUAAAACUUUUUAAAAUCUUAAAAUGGUGUAUUAAACAAUUUGACAAGUCGUGGAAUUUUGUGUUUGCCUUUUCUUUUAAAAUCUGAAAAAAUCAAGUAAAUUUAGCAUAGAAAAGUAGCAUUUCUUCAGGGGAUGAUAUGCAAUGUAAUGACUUUUUAUUGUAGAAUUAUUUUUUUUUUGAAAGAGGGAAAAAAAGUUUAACAUUUCAAGAAAAAAUUAUUAGUGAUUUAAGUUUUAGUCCCUCCCCCCAAAAAAUCAUUCAGAGAAAAAAAAGUCCAAAUUUAUUUUUGUUGUAAAAUGUUUGAAAAAACCUAAACAUUUUUAUUUUUAAAUGUAAAACUCUAUGAAAUAUUAAAACGGUGUAUUAACAAUUUAACAAGUCACAUUUCUUCAGGGCAAUAAUAUGCAAUGUAAUGACAAAAUGAGUCGGAAUUUUUAUAUACUUUUUUUUGAGAGGGUGGGGGGGGGGGAAUUAAACAUUUCAAGAAAAAAUUAUUAGUAAUUUAAGUUUUAGUUCCGCCGCCAACAUUUUUCAAACAUUGAGAAAAAAAAAAAAGUCCAAAUUUAUUUUGGUUGUAAAAUGUUUCAAAAUACCUACAAAUUUAAAAUUUUUAAAUGUAAAACUUUUUACAAUCUUAAAAUGGUGUAUUAAACAAUUUAACAAGUCGUGAAAUUUUGUUUUUGCCUUUUCUUUUACAAUCUGAAAAAAUCAAGUAAAUUUAGCAUAGAAAAGUAGCAUUUCUUCAGGGCGAUGAUAUGCAAUGUAAUUACAUUUUUUAUUGUCGAAUAAUUUUUUUUUAAAAGAGGGAAAAAAAGUUAAACAUUUCAAGAAAAAAUUAUUAAUAAGUUAAGUUUUAGUCCCUCCCCCCAAAAAAUCAUUCAAACAGAGAAAAAAAAGUCCAAAUUUAUUUUUGUUGUAAAAUGUUUGAAAAAACCUAAACAUUUUUAUUUUUAAAUGUAAAACGCUUUAAAAUAUUAAAACGGUGUAUUAACAAUUUAACAAGUCACAUUUCUUCAGGACAAUAAUAUGCAAUGUAAUGACGAAGUGAGUCGGAAUUUUUAUAUACUUUUUUUGGGGGGGGGUUAAACAUUUCAAGAAAAAAUUAUUAGUAAUUUAAGUUUUAGUUCCACCCCCAAAAUUGUUCAAACAUUGAGAAAAAAAAGUCCUGAUUUAUUUUGGUUGUAAAAUGUUUCAAAAAAACUACAAAUUUAAAUUUUUUAAAUGUAACAAGUCGUGAAAUUUUGUGUUUACCUUUUCUUUUAAAUUCUGAAAAAAAUCAAGAAAUUUAGCAGAGAAAAGUAGCAUUUCUUCAGGGCGAUGAUAUGCAAUGUAAUGACAAUUUUCAUUGAAGAAUAAUUUUUUUUUUUUUUUAAAGUAAACAUUUCAAAAAAAAUAAUAAUAAAAUAAUUCAAACAUUGAGAAAAAAAAUUCCAAAUUCAUCUUUGUUGUAAAAUGUUUGAAAAUACGUAAAAAAAAGUAUUUUUAAAUGUAAAACUUUUUAAAAUAUUAAAAUGGUGUAUUAACAAAUUUAUAAACAAGACGUGAAUUUUUAUGUUUACCUUUUCUUCCUAAAUCUACAAAAAAUUAAGUAAAUUUAGCAGAAAUAAGUAGCAUUUCCUCAGGGCGAUAACAUGCAAUGUAAUGCAAAUGUAAGACUUUAAAUUUAAAAUGAUUUAAUCUAUGAGGAAAAAAAGUUUUAAAAAUUAAAAUGAUGAAUUAAUAUAUUAAACAAGUUGUGAAUUUUUACGAUUACUUUUUAGUUUAAAAUCUAAAAAAAUAUUAAAGUAAAUUUAGCAAAGAAAAGUAGCAUUUCUUCAUAUGCAAUGUAAUGACAAGAUAAGUCAGAUUUUUUAUUGCACAAUUGUUUUUUUUUGCAAGGGAAAAAAAUACAGUAAAAUAUUUCAAGAAAAACUAUUAGUAAUUUAAGUUUUAGUCCUACCCCCAAAAUCAUUCAAACAUUGAGAAAAAAAAGUCCAAAUGUAUUUUUGUUGUAAAAAAAAAUUGUCAUUUUUAAAUGUAAAACUUUUAAAUGUUUUAAUCUAAGAAAAAUCAUUUAAAAAUAUUAAAAUGUUUUAAAAACCAAACAAGUCAUGAUUUUUUACAUUUACUUUUUCUUUUUAAAUCUGCACAAAAUCAAGUAAAGUUAGCAGAGCAAAGUUGCAUUUCUUCAGGGCAAUAAUAUGCAAUGUAAGGAGUCAGAAUUUUUAUAGACUUUUUUUUUUGCGAGGGGAAAGAAAAAAGUUAAAUAUUUCAAGGAAAAAAUAAUUUGUUAUUUAAGUUUUACUACCCUCUAAAAUCGUUCAAACAUUAAAAAAAAGUCAGAAUUUUUUGUUGUUGUAAAAUGUUUGAAAAUACCUAAACAUUUAAAUUUUUAUAUGUAAAACUUUUUUAAAUAUUUAAAAUGGUGUAUUAACAAUUUUACAAGUCUUGAAUUGUUAUUAAUCAAUCAAUCAAUGUUAAUUUAUAUAGCUCUAAAUCACUAGUGUCUCAAAGGGCUGCGCAAAUCAUUACGACAUUCUUGUGUUUACCUUUUCUUUGCAAAUCUGAAAAAAAUCAAGUAAAUUUAGCAAAAGAAAGUAGCAUUUCUUUAGUGUGAUAAUAUGCAAUGUAAUGACAAUUUUUUAUGGUGGAAUUAUUUUUUUUGAGGGGGGAUGGGUCAAAUAUUUAAAAAAAAAGUAUUAGUAAUUUAAGUUGUAGUCCCCCCCAAUCAUUCAAAGUCACAAUGUAUUUUGGUUUUAAAAUUUUUAAAUAUUUAACUAAAUUUGUCAUUUUUAAAUGUAAAAAUUUCACUUUAAAAUGUUUUAAUCUAAGAAUUUUUUAUUUUAAAAUGUAUUACAAAUUAAACAAGUCAUGAUUUUUUACGUUUAAAUCUGAAAAAAAUUAAGUAAAUCUCUAUCAGAGAAAAGUAGCAUUUCCUCAGGGCAAUAAUAUGCAAUGUAAUGACAAAAUGAGUCAAAAUUUUUAUUGAUUUUUUUUUUUGCAAGGGGAAAGAAAAAGUUAAAUAUUUCAAGAAAAAAUAAUUUAUAAAAGUUUUAGUCCCCUCCAAAAUCGUUCAAGCCGAUGGCGUUUUUUUUGUUGUAAAAUGUUUGAAAAUACUUAAUUCAAAUUUUUAUUUGUAAAACUUUACAUUUAAAAUGUAAUGUUUUUUGUUUUUUUUAUAUUAAAAUUGUGUAUUAAAAAUGUAACAACUUGUGUAUUUUUGUUUCCUUUUUCUUUUUAAAUCUGAAAAAAAUCAAGUAAAUUUAGCAGAGAAAAGUAGCAUUUAUUCAGGGCAAUAAAAAGGAAUGUAAUGGCAAAAUAAGUCGGAAGUUUUAUUACAUUUUUUUGCGAGGGGAAAAAAAAGUAAAAUAUCUAAAAAAAAAAUAAUAAUUUGUAAUUUUAGUCCUCCCCAAAAAAUCGUCAAACUUUAGGAAAAGGUCAAAAUGUAGUAACAUUUUUGAAAAUAUUUCACUAAAAAUUGUACUUUUUAAAUGUAAGACUUUAAAUUUAAAAUGAUUUAAUCUAUAACAAAAAAACGUUUAAAAUAUUUUAAAUGAAUUAAAUUAAUAAGUUGUGAAUUUUUACGAUUACUUUUUCUUUUAAAAUAAUAAAAAAAAAAAAAAUCAAGUCAAUUUAGCCGAAAAAAGUAGCAUUUCUUCAUAUGCAAUGUAAUGACAAAUAAGUCGGAAUUUUUAUUGUAGAAUUAUUUUUUGGAAGGAAAAAAAAAUAAUUUCAAGAAAAAAUUAUUAAUUGAAGUUUUAGCUCCGCCCCCCAAUCGUUCAAACAUUGAAAAAAAAGUCAGAAUUAUUUUUGUUGUGAAUUCUUUGGGAAUAUUUAACCAAAAAUGUUCAUUUUUAAAUGUAAAACUUUAAAUUUAAAAAUGUUUUAAUCUAUAAGAAAACAAAAAAUUAAAAUUUAAUUAUGUAUUAGAAAUUAAACAAGCCGUGAGUUUUUACAUUUACUUUAUAAAUUUGAAAAAAACAAGUACAGACGGAAUUUCCACUUAAGUCAUUAAUUAAUGUUAAGUCAUUUUAUGUCAACAAAGUUGCAAUAGUACAAGAAAACUAUAUUACGAGAAGUUUGAAUAUUACGAUACAUUUUUCUUUGUGAUGACAAGAUAUUUGUUCAUGAAUGAAGAGAAAAAAGUUCACAGUAAGAGUGACUAUUAAGUUGUCUUUUAACAGAAAUUAGGUCUGAAAAUGUCCAUUUUAAAGCAGUCAUUUGGAAUAUGCAGUAAUAACAUGGUGCUACUUAUUUGAGUAAUGGGGCCACAUUGGAAAAAAAACAUACUAUAAAAGUUUAUCUGUCCACAGAUGUGCGGACCGGGAGCCAAUUUCAAUCUUGCACAGAAAAAUAGGAGGAAAAUUUGCAAUGUCAGGAGAAAACAAUUCGAAAUAUUGAGAGAAAAAAAAAAUUGCGAAAAAUAUUUCAAAAACAAGAAGUUAUAAAUUAGUAAGUUUAUCAAAGAAAAAAAAUGAAAUAGCUUUUUUUUGUUAAAAGUUUAACGAAAUUUUUUUUUUACGAAUGUUUCAAUAUAAUAGAAAACAUUAAAAAAAAAUUUUUUUUUAAUGAACCUAUUUUUCAAAUCAGAAAAAUAUUUUUAAAAUAAGACAAAUUUAGUUCAAGUCACUUUUAGAAGAAACAAUCUACAUCAAAGUUGCAGUAGUACAAGACAACGUAAUAUUACCAUUAACUUUUUUUCCAUAAUCACAAGAAUUUUAAAUCAUGAGAUUUAAAAUUCCAAGAAUAUUACGAGAAAUAAGUUUAAUGUUAAGAGCGGUUUUAAGUUGUCUUACGAGAAUACAUUUAGGACUUUUAAAAAAAGAAUAUCCGAAAACGUAAUCCUUUUUAAAGAGUUUCAAAUAAAGUUACAAGAUAAACAAUGUGAUAAGAGAUUAAUUUAAAAAACCAAAGCUAGAAUUUGACAAAGCAGGUGAAGGGAAAUCUUAUUUAUUGUAAUGAGAGAAAAGUCAAGGAAGUUUGUUCAUGAGAUUAAAAAUUCUAAGAAAGUUACAAGAAAGUUUGUUGAGUUCAUAGUGAUUAUUAAAUUAUGAAAUACGAGGUGGCGACUUGUCCAGGGUGUACCCUGCCUUCCGCCCGAUUGUAGCUGAGAUAGGCGCCAGCGCCCCCCGCGACCCCGAAAGGGAAUAAGCGGUAGAAAAUGGAUGGAUGGAUUAUUUGAAUAUGCAGUUAUAUUAUAGUAGUGCUUAUUGACCAAGCACCUUUUUCAGGAGAAAGUAGUCAAUAUUAUGUUAUUUUUCAGAGAAUAUUAUAGUGUUAAUGUUGAUGAGAAGGACAAUUACGUUACAAGGCUCAAGUGAGGUUGAAUGCAGACGAGGAGGAGGACCAUAAGCCUGAGAGACACUCUUGAGGGAUUACGUCUCUCAGCUAGCGAAGUAAAACCUAGAUGGAACUAGAAGGUCCUGAUUAGGAAGUCUAGUCUUUCCUACUGAGACUUUUAGAAGUGAAAGAAAAUGAACAAAGUCACACUUAUCACUUUUUCCUGCUAUUUUUUUCCUUUUCAGCGUGGCCCUCACAGUCCAAAUGAACAAAUGCAGUAUUCAGCAUGAAAUUAUUUUAUUACUGAUUUAACUUAUGGUGCUAUUGUUUGAUGUUGUGUCCUGAGAAUUAAAAAAGGAAAUGAAAGGAAAUGUGAUGUUUUGAGGGACACAUUUUGUUUUUAUUGUUUGCUAAACACCAAUCAAGCUGUCAUUUGUGCCGCAUUUCUACUUGGUACCAAUCUUUUGUACUCUUUGACGUGUGAACACAGGACUACAUAUCUUAUGUUUGUUGACGAUUAAACAAUAAGAAACCAUC